CGUCAAGUGUCUAUGUGUUUGUGUUUUCUAUAUACAAAAAAAUGUUAGGGAAGAGAAAAAUUAAUUUAAAUAUUACUUUUCAUUAAAUGCAGUCACAUACUAGCGAGUAUAUAUGUGUCUUACUGAAGAAGGUGUGUAACGAAUUUGAUAUCGAGUGCUCGAAGUGGCGUAGUUUAACUACAGAUAACGCAAACAACAUGAAGGCGGCCUCAAAUUUAUUUUUGGGAAGUGGCAAACACAUUUCAUGUUUCGCUCAUACCAUUCAUUUGGUAGUCGACGACGUAGUAAAGGGCAUAUCAUCUUUUUCACACGUUUUGGAUAAAGUGAAGAAAAUUGUUACUCAUUUUAAGCACAGUCCAGCUGCGAUGGACAUGUUGCGGAAACUACAGGCCGACGAAGGAACAGCUGAAGGUCACAUUAAAACUCUCGUACAAAGUGUGGACACAAGGUGGAACUCCUGCCUGGACAUGCUUAUUUCGUUCUUAAGUAUUUCGAAUAAAGUAGCGAUAGUCCUAAUUAAUAGAUCAACAACUGUCAAAGGAUUGCCGGAGAUGCUAACGGCUUCAGAAUUGCUAAUUUGUCAAGAUUUCUGUGAUCUACUUAUGCCUUUUAAAGAUGCGACAGAAAAAAUAAGUGGCGAAAGUUACGUAACCGUGAGCAUGGUAAUCCCACUUAUAUUACUGUUGAUGGACAAAAUUCGCAAAAUACAACUAGAGUCGGCCGAAGGAAUUUUAACUAAGGAAGCUUUAUUGAAGGAAGCAGAUAAACGUUUUAAGUUUUUGCAGAACAACAAAAUUCUUGUCAAAUCGUCUUUGUUGGAUCCGAGAUUUAAGAAAGUUUAUCUUUCUCCUCUCACAGCCCUUGAAGCUCUCAAGGACAUUGCUUAUGAAAUGUCUAAGAACAAAAAUAUUGAAGAAGACUUAGUGCGCCCCGCAAAUGAUAACGUACCACAAGAAGCCUGUUCUAAAAAUGAAGGAUUUCUGGAGGCGCAUAUGAGGUCCAUUGCUACGCUUGAACCUUUGGAAGUAACGGAAAACCAGGAGAUCAAAUUGUUUUUGAGUCUUCCCUUCACUUCAUGGGACAGCGAUCCAAUAUCCAAGGAACACAUUCCCAAUGCUAUCAAAGCUGGCAUUGGGCUACCUUAUUACACCAGGUAGUUCAGUACCAUCAGAGAGGUUGGCGUCAGCCAUAAAAUGUGUGGUAUGUGACACCCGAAGCCGCAUGACGGACCUUCAUGUACAACAACGGGUGUUUUUAAAAUCGUUAAAACAAGAAUUUUGGAGUUAAAUUUUGGUUAAUAAAAAAAAUAAAUAUAUAAAAAUAUCAAAAAUACUUGAUAU